CUCACGCCAAGACUGCAAGAGAACCUGGCAAAGCACGGCUUCACAGACGCCUUUGCAGUACAAGCUGCUUUACUGCCUGUUCUUCUAGAGCGUCAACUGCCAGAAGAUCGUCAAGAUGUCCUCGUUUCUGCGCCUACAGGCUCCGGCAAAACCAUCACUUAUGCUCUGCCCAUUCUGCAGGUUCUACACACGCGACGCAUCACUGCCUUGCGCGCACUCAUCAUUGUACCAACACGCGAACUUGUACACCAAGUACAAGAGACCUUUGAGCUUCUCAAUACAAAAGUGGGGCUCAAAAUCCAGUCGCUCUCGUCAGCAAGGACUCUGCGAGCAGAGCAAACGCUGCUCGUCCGUGACGGCAGCCGGGUCGACAUAUUGGUAUGUACACCAGGUCGACUUGUGGAUCAUUUGCAAGCAACACCGGGCUUCUCAUUACAGCACCUGCGCUUCUUGGUCAUCGACGAGGGUGACCGACUGCUCAACCAGUCUUUUCAUGACUGGGCAAACAAGAUCGAGGCUGCUUUACCUCGACAUACAAAGUCACUACAGGCUUGUAGUAUGGAACGUUGUCAGAAGCUCAUCUUUUCAGCAACAAUGAACGGCGACCCUGGCUUGCUUGCACAACUCCACCUCACCAAGCCCGUCCUCUACAAUGUCAGGGAGGAUGCAGAGAAGUUUUCCCUUCCGGCGACCUUGACAGAGUAUUUUGUGAAUGCGCCAAGCGAUACUCCCAAACCCCUUGUGCUCUUGCAUGUUCUGAAGCGACUGGGCAUUGAAAAAGCCAUCGUUUUCACCAAUAGCACCGAGUCGGCUCAACGCCUCGCCAAGCUCAUUGCGCCAUUCAUCUCCUGCCAAGCCUUUACAUCUAUUCAAACAUCAAGUGCUCGGCAAGGAUUGCUCAAACAAUUCAAUGAUGGCGCCGUGCAAGUGCUGGUCGCAUCAGAUCUCAUUUCGCGAGGCCUCGAUACAACAACACCUGUGGUCAUCAACUAUGCAUCGUCUAUCCCGGCUCGACAGUAUGUGCAUCGAGUCGGACGUACAGCGCGUGCUGGCAAUAAGGGUCUUGCCAUCUCCAUCGUUGAGCCCGAGGAGGCCAAGUUUUGG